AAUAAUCUCUCUCAACACAUAGCUUUCACAUUCUUUCAUGGCAAAUAACAAUGCAACUACACUCUCACUUGAGAUGAAGGAUGUUGUGAUCAUUAAACCUUCCAAACCAACACCUUCUUGUGUUCUUCCUCUAUCAAGCAUUGACAACAAUCCUGAGCUCAACGUUCUCUGUCACAUCAUUUAUGCAUACCAAGCAAAUCUUGAUGACCCAAAAGGCCAAUUACUAUUAGAUCCUUGUCAUGUGAUAAAACAAGGCAUUUCAAAGGCUUUGGUUUACUAUUACCCUCUUGCAGGUAAGAUAGUAACAAAUAAUGGUGGUGAUGGAAGACUUGGAAUCAAGUGCAAUAAUAAUGCUGAUGAUGGAGUUCCAUUCUUGGAGGCAAAUGCUAAUUGUGAACUCUCUUCUCUUCACUAUCUUGAAGGGAUUGAUGUUCCAACAGCACAGAAAUUGGUGUUUGAUUAUGACAAACCUUCUCUUCAUCAUGAUCAAACUAGUCAACAUCCCUUGGUUUUCAAGGUAACAAAGUUUCUUUGUGGCGGUUUCACAAUUGGAAUGGGAUUGUCACAUGCUGUUUGUGACGGUUUUGGUGCGUCGCAAUUCUUUAGAGCUGUUGCUGAACUUGCAAGUGGGAAAAGUGAGCCUUCUGUGAAACCUGUGUGGGAGAGGGAGAGAUUAAUCGGAACAGUUCUCAAGCAACCACUGAAAUUUCCGAUAGAUAAAACUUCAAUGGCAGUUUCACCAUUUUGGCCAUCUAAUGAUCUUUCACAUGAAUGCUUUCACUUCAAGGGUGAGAGCAUAAAGAGACUCAAAAUGGAGUUGAUGAAGGAAAAUGGUGAUGAUAAUAAUGGUAAGGAAAGCUUCACAACACUUGAAGCACUUGGUGCCUAUGUUUGGAGAUCAAAGGCAAGAGCUAUGGAAUUGAGUAGUGAUGGGAAGACUUUGUUGUGUUUAGCAGUUGGUGUGAGGCACCUAUUGGAUCCACCUUUGCCAGAAGGGUAUUAUGGGAAUGCUUUUGUGAAUUCAAAUGUGGUCUUAACAGUGAAAGAACUUAAUAAGAAACCACUCUCAGAGGUUGUGAAGCUCAUUAAGGAAAGCAAAAAACAACCUUGUAAUAUGGAAUACAUAAGAAGCAACAUCAACAUGUUGGAGACAAUGAGGAAAUGUAACAUUAAGAUUGGAGGUUUAGGUGCAUCAAUGGUAUUAACAGAUUGGAGGCAAUUGGAAUUGUUGGAUGAAGUGGAUUUUGGAUGGAAAGCUUCGGUUAAUAUGAUACCUCUCCCUUGGAACAUGUUUGGCUAUGUGGAUUUGACCCUUUUCUUGCCUCCUAGUAACUUUGAUCCUUCAAUGAAAGGAGGUGUUAGAGUUUAUGUUUCCCUUCCCAAAGCUUCCAUGCCCAAGUUCAAGGAGGAGAUGGAGGCUCUCAAGAUUAUGAAAGAUGAGGAAAGCAAGGUUCUCAAACUCUCGAAUUUACAAGUUUAAGUCCUGAAAUUUAGUUCACAAGUUUACAAGUUCAAAUGUUCAAGUAAACUCUCCAGUUUGAUCAUCCUACAUGAUAAUAGCUCCAAACUAGAAUGAUAUGGCAGACCAAGAAAUUUCCAAAUUUGUUUCUUCUUUGUUUGUAGUCCUUUGAUGUGCACCUUUGUUCCAAUCUUGAGUUGUGUGUGCUGUAAGCUAUGAAGCCACUAUAAGUACUUUCUUA